AUGCAGAAGAAUACCAAACGCUGGUCAAAGACUCAGCGAUGGCGAUCUGGAGAAUGUGGAAUUUUAAGACGGGGACUGCGAUUCACACCACAGCGGCUGAUAGCCGAGGCGGUGGAAAUUACUAAGCAUCACAGCGUGAGUAGAAUCGAGGGUGUGGAGCUAGCGAGCUACGGUGUCUCAUUGCUCUUCGUUUGGCUGCUCCCCUUUGGCCUUCCUGGCAUGGUUGCAUCUUGUGGAACGAAGUUUCAGCCAGUGUAUCCCGCGGGAUCAUUGCAGCACUCAAGCCCGACCACCACGUCAAGGUGGCAGGCAACUGAAUGUGCUGCACCAGGCCGCCUCAAGUUUCAGUCGCUACGUUAUUUGAAAUAUCGCGAUACAUGUAUACCUUUGACAGCCACUGGGUCAUCGUUCGAUGAGUCGGGCACACCAAUCAAAUCUCUCAAGCGUGAACACGUUUGCCCGUUCAGACGGGAAAAUUCAGAUUCGCCCAACAUGCGUCCGUGGAGCUCACCUCACAUGUCAGUUGUCCGUGAACACGUUGCCCGUUCAGACGGGAAAAUUCAGAUUCGCCCAACAUGCGUCCGUGGAGCAGGGAUAACACGCUCACCUCACAUGUCAGUUGUCCGUCCUUUGGUGUCUGGCACAACCAUUGGAAAUGCAGUGCUGAUGAGCUCCAAUAAGAGCAAAUUUCCAGUCCAUUGCUUCCUCCUUUGGUGCGGACUCACCAGAAUAAUUACGCCAGAACAGGAGGGCGAACGUUCAAACGAGAAACGAAUAUGGACUUCUGACUCACUUUACUUUCAAAGUUUGAAGGUGGUGGUGGUCCCACCUCGGUAA